GUUGAUAAUUUGUUAUACACCACUAGAGGGCACUCUUGAUCUCAACCAUCUCAACAACAUCACAUCCGGUAGCAGCUGAUGGAGGGAAGUCAUCGUGGCUGUGACGAGCACAGCUAUGGCUCGGACUCUGUUUGGCGGUGCUUUAUCAGCUGUUAUUCCCCUCAAUGCCCAGGAUAUCAGUGAACUGAGGCAGAUCCCUGAUAAUCAAGAAGUGUUCGCUCACUCUCAGAUAGAUCAGAGUAUCAUCAUUGAAUUGCUGGAGUACCAAAGCCAAGUGCAGGAUGCUGAAGCAGCCAGGUAUCACUUUGAGGACGUGGCUGCCAGUAACAAGGCGGUAGAGAAUGGCUCUUGGGAAAUCAGAGAGGUGAAGCAGCUCUCCCAGUCUGAGCUGUCAAUGCAGGAAUGCAACUCUGCCUGGCUGCUGUCUGGAGCUCAGCUGGUCUCUAAAUUCAAUGAGGAGGCAAAGAACACUGUGAACAUUCACCUAUGCUUGUUCCGCUUGCCGCAGUACACUACUGACAUCUUAGUGACGUUCAACGAUCCUGCUUGUAUCAAUCCCCUCAGCAGCAGUGCCAUUGGAAAUGUGGCAACUAUACCGUGGACACUACAGGACUUCCAGGGUGUUCUGCAGUCCUUUUGCCUACUUGACCCUGGAGUGUUUGGGUAGAUUCUUCAUGCAUAUGUUUAAAUACAAGAAAGUCUAAAUUUCAUUACAAAAGGCUUUUUUCAAGCUUUUAAAAUUUGCUUUUACAAUGACUGAACAGGUUAAAACACAAACUUCACAACACCUAAAAAGCUAGAAACUCUAUGAAUCAUUUUCCUUGUAGUGCAAGGCUUAGCAUUUGUCUAUAGGUGAGGCUAUGCAAAAAAAUAGAGAAUCUUUAUUUUUUUUGUGAAAAUAAAUGCAUUUCAUAAUAAGAAAAA